AUGGAAGAUAUUACGGAAGGAGUUAACAACAUGAGCUUAGCCGUUGAUAACCAGAAGAAGAAUCGGAUUCAGGUUUCCAACACUAAGAAACCAUUGUUCUUCUACGUCAAUCUCGCUAAGAGGUACAUGCAGCAGUACACUGAUGUUGAAUUAUCUGCACUUGGAAUGGCCAUUGCUACGGUUGUUACUGUCGCUGAGAUAUUGAAGAACAACGGUUUCGCUGUUGAAAAGAAGAUCAUGACUUCAACCGUGGAUAUCAAGGACGAUUCAAGGGGUCGUCCUGUGCAGAAAGCCAAGAUUGAGAUAACGCUCACGAAGUCUGAGAAGUUUGAUGAAUUAAUGGCUGCAGCCAAUGAAGAGAAGGAAGCUGCAGAAGCUCAAGAGCAGAGCUGA